AUGGAUGAUCUCUUUGGAUGGAUUUGCUUGGAGUCCUUAUAUGAAGUUCGUUUGACGAACGAGCUGUAUUUUGGAGACCUCGCUAUUUCUUCAGUCAAAAUGAAUCACACGAUGAUCGACCAAUGCAACGCAACCACAGAAGAAUAUCCAACAAGGUCUUAUACGAUAUUGGAAACUAUUCUCAUAGCAACAAUUACAACUCUUCUGAGCCUUGUAACCAUCAUAGGGAAUGUAUUGGUCAUGGUUUCCUUCAAGAUGGAUCGUAGGCUUCAAACCGUUAACAACUACUUUCUGCUGAGCCUUGCUGUUGCGGAUUUCAUGAUCGGACUGUUUUCUAUGCCCCUUUUCACGGGAUAUACGUUACUGGAGGGAUGGCGACUCGGACCCGUGGUUUGUGACCUCUGGCUGGCCCUGGACUACCUUUGCAGUAAUGCUUCAGUGCUCAACUUGCUCAUGAUCAGCUUUGACCGUUACUUCUCGGUCACCAGCCCGCUCCGGUACCGCGCUCGCCGGAGCGGCCGCAUGGCCGCCUUCAUGAUCGCUGGCGCCUGGAUAGUGUCGUUCCUGACGUGGCCGCCCUGGAUCCUUGCCUGGCCCUAUAUAGAGGGAAUGCGUUCCGUGCCAGAAGACAAAUGCUACAUACAGUUCCUCGAGACGAACUCGUACAUUACCGUCAUCACGGCCCUGAUCGCGUUCUACGUCCCGGUCAUAGUGAUGUGCGUGCUCUACUACAAGAUAUGGAGGGAGACGGAAAAUCGGAAACAGUACCUGGCCGAGCUGAUCGCGGAGAACGAGCAGUCGACCGAGCAGUCAGUCUCGUGCCUGCCUGCCCCCACGCCGGCGGCGGCGGCGGCGGGCGGCAAUGAAGAGGGCGGCUUCGCGGAAGUGGGGGAGAAGAAUUGCACUCACCGAGUCAAGGACUUCCUCAUCACACUCUGCAACGUGGACUGCGACGACGGAGGCGAGGACGACAGCACGAGUCCCGGAGCUACGACGCCGAGCUCGACAGAAACCCCCAUUCAGUCUUCCAGAGCCACCUCGGUGUCGCUCCGGCCGGAGCAGCUCGCCUACUUGCAGGCCCUACUCAACCGGGAAGAAGAGGCAGGCUGCAGGAGGCAGAGGGAUGCCAUCUACACCGUGAUGAUCCGACUCCCGGAUCCUUCGGGCCCCGACGUGGACCCGCCCCAACCGACCGUCACGAUGAUCCCUGACGAGGCACCCAUCACUCCGGCGCCUAUGCGCCCUUCUCUCAGUACCGGUGCCUUGGUGGCGCACUCUGUGACAGACCAGGGCAAUCUGGCAAGGUACAACUCCAGCGAAGUGCUGAGCGCUUCGCGACUCAUCGGGAACAGAGUUCGCCUGCAGAGGCCGAAUUUCAAAAAGAAAAACAGCAAGGUUCAGGAAAAGAAGCACGACAGAAAGGCUGCCCGGACGCUGAGUGCUAUCUUGCUGGCCUUCAUCAUCACCUGGACACCCUACAACGUCCUUGUCUUGGUGAAGAGUGUCGAGACAUUCGUGAGUUGUAAUGAUAUCAUUCCUCAGGUUCUGUGGGAUUUUUCCUAUUACUUAUGCUACAUGAACAGUAUGAUCAAUCCCCUUUGCUAUGCACUCGCAAAUGCGAAUUUCAGAAAGACAUAUUGGCGUAUUUUAACUUGUACCUGGCGUAAGAAGUCCAAACUGAGCAUUAUACGUGGUUUGCAUUCCAGGGCCUCUUGA